AUGGCGGGUAUUUUUCGGACGAUCUAUGACUGGCUCUUGAGGAUGUUCUGGGCGACGGAAAUGGACGUCACGAUGAUCGGCCUGCAGAAUGCAGGAAAAUCGUCACUAUUGCGUGUGCUCGCGGGAGGAGAGUUCACUGUAGACUCUAUCCCAACAAUCGGGUUCAAUACCAAGCGUGUUCAGAAGGGACAUGUGACGCUGAAAUGGUGGGUUAUUUUUCGUCUUCUCAUGGCAUACUUUCUAACACACCUCCAGCUGGGACCUCGGGGGUCAGCCACGCUUUCGACCGAUGUGGGAGCGAUAUUGCAGGGGGGUGAAUGCGAUAGUGUAAGAUCCAUUAUGCAAAUCGGAUGUGCCGGCGCUGACGUUGACAGUUAUAUCGUGGAUGCGGCAGACAAACCCGCGCUGCCUGUAGCGACGGAGGAACUGCAUGAUCUGAUGAACAAGCCCACUCUAGAUGGGAUCCCGCUCUUGGUCCUUGGAAAUAAAUCCGACUUGCCUGACAAGCUCUCUGUCGACGAGCUGAUCGACCAAAUGAACCUCAAGUCCAUUACGCGGCGCGAAGUGAGCUGCUAUGGCAUCAGUGCAAAGGAGGAAACCAACCUCGACGCAGUCUUGCACUGGUUGAUUGCUCGCGCUAGUCGGUGA